AUGGAAGAGAUUGAUGUGCUUAAAAAGCUUGAUGACAAGAAAAAUGAUGUGCAAAGAUCUGUGGAUGCUGCAAAAAGGAAUGGUGCAACCAUCAAAGAUCAAGUUCAGAGUUGGCUAGAGGAUGUAAGUAAAAUAUUUCGUGAAGUGAAAGAACUGGAAGACAAAGUCAAUAUUCAAAGGCGGUGUUUGUAUGGAUUGUGCCCAAGUUUGAAAUCGCGGUAUUCUCUAAGUAGGAAAGCUAAGAAGAUUGCUCAGUGUGUACUUGAUCUCAAACUUGACCAAGAACUGAGUAAUAAUGUUGCCAAUCCUUCACCUCUGCAACAUAUAGAGUCAAUAAUCUCUAGUGAUGGUUUUAAGGGUUUUGAAUCUAGAAAAGCAGUCAUGAAUGAUGUGCUUAUAGCUUUGAGGAAUGAAAAGUCAAGAAUAAUUGGGAUAUGCGGGAUGGGAGGAGUGGGUAAAACCACAAUGGUGAGAGAUAUCGUCAACAGAUUAAAAGGAACAAAUCAGCUAUUUGAUGAUGUUGUGAUGACAACUGUAACCGCAACUGUAAACAUUAAGACAAUUCAAACUGAAAUUGCAGAGUCAUUAGAUAUGAAAUUCGUCGAGGAAAUUGAAUCAAGAAGAGCAGAAAAGCUACAUAUGAGAAUCAAGGAGAGUAAAAGAAUCUUGAUUAUAUUAGAUGAUGUAUGGUCAGAGCUUAAUUUUGAAGCUAUCGGGAUUCCUCUUGCUGGUGGACCUAAUUAUACUAAUCAAGUUCAUGAAGGGUGUAAAAUUUUGUUAACAUCUCGAGAUGAAGGAGUUUGUAAAGUAAUGGGGUGUACAGACAACAUAUUUAGAGUCCAAGCCUUAAAUGAAAAAGAAGCAUGGGAGCUUUUCAGAGCGACUGUAGGUGAAUCCUUGGACAAUAAUCAUGAUUUGCUUCAUAUUGCAAAAUUGAUUGCAGAUGAAUGCAAAGGUUUACCCAUUGCUAUCAUAACUGUUGGGAAAGCUCUUCUACCAAGUAAAGGCAAGCAUGAAUGGAUUACUGCCUUGCAAGAACUGAAAAAUUCUCUCCCGGAAAACAUCAUUGGGAUGGAACACAGUGUUUAUUCUUGCAUAAAACUAAGUUAUGAUAAAUUGAAUAGUGGUGAAGUCAAGUCGUGCUUUUUACUUUGUUGCUUAUUUCCAGAAGAUUAUGAUGUUCCGAUUGAGUAUUUGGUGAGGUAUGGGUUGGGUCGAGCAACUUUUAGAAACACCAACACAAUCGAAGAUGUAAGAAACAAAGUGCAUUCUUUAGUUGAAAAUUUAAAAAGAAGAUUUUUGUUGCUUGAUAGUGAAAAGGAAGAAUGUAUCAAAAUGCAUGACGUAGUUCGUGAUGUUGCCAUAUCAAUUGCCUCAAAAGAUCCUCAUAGAUUUAUGGUAAGAUCAUUUGAUGCGAAAGGUGGAGGUGGAGGAUGGCCAGGAGUACAAAAAGCUACAAACCGAGAACAUUGCAGUGCCAUUUCGUUAAUUGAUGCUAAAUUAGAUGAAGAUAUUACUGAUUGUUUGGAUUACCCAAAACUUGAGCUUCUACAACUGAAAAAUUCCUCAAAUUCAGAAUAUUCCAACCACUUUAAAAGGUUGAAAGAACUCAAGGUUUUAGCUUUCUUGGGGAUGGAUAUGUCAAGUUAUUUGGCCUCGACAAGAACUCUAGCACAUGGAGAAUCCAAGUACCUUCAUACCUUGUGUCUAGAGGAUUGCAAAUUGGGAGACAUGUCUCAUGUUAUUGGAGGAUUGGAGAAUUUGGAGAUCCUCAGCUUUGCUCGCUCUCAAAUUGAUAAGUUGCCUAGAGAAAUAGGACUUCUUCAUCGGUUAAGGAUGCUGGAUGCAACAGAGUGUAAAGGACUUGAAGAAAUUCCUCAUGGUGUCUUAUCCAACUUAAGGAGAUUAGAAGAGUUGUACAUGGCAGAAAGCUUUCUCAAUUGGGGGCCAACAGUAGGAAGCAAGGAUGAAACGAGCAUGGCAAGCCUUGAUGAGGUGAUGUCUCUAUCUGAUCAUUUAAAAGUCUUAGCCAUAAAAAUCCCUAAUGUUCAGAUGUUGCAGAAUGAAGAGUUUCUUUUAAAAAGCCAGCCUAUAAGAUUUCAUGUAUCUAUCAAUAUUAGUUUCAAGAAUCGAAUGCCUGGUUAUCUGUUCGAAAAUAGUUUGAUGCUUCGUGGUGAUGUAAAGGAAUAUAUGGAGAUUGGAGCAGUUAGAUAUCUCUUGAGGCAAUCUGAAGACUUAAGCCUACACAAGACAUACAAUUUAAAGUAUGUGAUGGAGGAAUUAGAUGAUCAAGAGGGCUUUCAACACUUGAAAGUGUUAUCAAUCAUGUAUGACAACAACAUAGAGUAUCUUAUGAAUGGAACAGAUUGGACUCAUCGUCGUCAACCAGCCUUCCCCAUCUUAAAGUCAGUUACCUUCGAGAAUGUUCACAAAUUAAAAUUUGUGUGUCGUGGCAAAAUGCCAGACAAGUACUCCUUUAUGAACCUAAGAUCCAUUGCAAUUGACAAUUGUGAUGAGUUAAAAUAUGUCUUUUCACUAUCCAUAGCACAAAACUUGGUACAAUUCCAAAGCUUAACAGUUUAUGAGUGUUAUAAAGUGGAAGAGAUCAUAUCAAAGGAGAGAAUGGAAGAUGAUAAUGCAUCUCUCAUGUUCCCAAGAUUAACUUUUUUGAAGCUUUCUUAUCUCCAAAAGCUAUGUGGUUUCUACACGGGAAACCAACGGGACUUCACCUAUGAGGUCAUAAAGCCCAAUGAUGAAAGUGUGAAGGCUUCUCAUCUGGACAAGAUGAAAGAGACUAGGAAUGACCAACAACAUGAUCAAGUUGCUGGAUCCUCAUCUAAAUCAAAAGUAGCACAAGUGGGAGUAAGUUGUAAUGCACUAUUUCCUUCAAAUUGCAUUUCAUGGUUACCAAAUCUAGAGGAACUGGUAGUGGAGUAUUUGAGAACUGGGCAAUGGUCAAAAGAAAAAAAUGAACAUUUUCUCAAUGUGGUAUUUGAUUUAGAAGGGCAUGUCUCAGCAUUUUCUCAAUUACAAACAUUGAAUGUGGUGGGUUUAUAUGAGGUUGAGCAUUUGUGGAAGAACGCUCAACCUGGAUUCCAAGGUUUUCAAAAUGUAAGAUCUUUAACAAUUGGAGAUUGUCGUAGGCUGAAAUAUCUAUGCCCCUAUGAAAUUUACAAGCUCCUUGUGAAUCUCCAACAAGUCCAUAUAUAUAGUUGUGAGAAUAUGGAGACUAUAGUACUAGCAGUUGCUGCCACGGAGGACAAUAUCCAUGAAGAAGGGAAAGAGACAGGUGGAAGUGGUGCGAUGACAUUGUUUCCCAAACUACUCAAUAGCUUCCAACUAUCGUUUUUGACAAGACUUGAAAGAUUUUGCCCUGAUGCCUAUUCUUUCGCAUGGCCUUCCUCCACAAGAACUAUGGACGUGUAUCUUUGUCCCGAAUUAAAGACAUUAGGUUUUGCACCACUAAGCAAAAAUCUGCCUGCAGUUGCAGAGAAUUUGAGUGAUAAUCAUGCAAGAGGUAGAGAAGAAUCAUCAACUGGAUCUGGAUCUGGAUUUGGAUGUGCGCCACUAGUCUGCUUACAAAGUAGUCCAUCUACUCACAACUUUACUCAAAUAUUGCCCGGCCCUAUAAAUAGAGAGAGCAUUGCCUCUGCAUAUCGUGGUCGAUUUCUUUCUUCCGCUGCUCACUUCUUCGAUGUUCAUUUUUCUCUCUAA